AUGGAAUUUAAUUCACCUCAGCCAGAACAUGCACAAUUGUAUGGUCAUAUCCUGCCCAAGGGUGGUUCUACGCUUUAUAAUGGAUUGCAAAAGGCGGGCGGAGUGAAGGGUUCUAACAGUGGAAGUAUCUGUGUCAGGGGUAGUAGUAGUACCGUGUCAGAGCGUCCUCAUGGUGCGGGUGACACAGUACGGAGCUCAGCCACAGACUCAAAAAAUGGACACGAGAAAGAUACAAGUAAGGAUAGCCUUAUACCAUCUCCUCCUUUAUCGCCCAAACUUGCGCAGCAUCCUACCUCACAUGCUGCUGGAGGUGAAGUGAAGGGAGAUGGGGGAAUGCGAUUGGGUGAUAUGGGAGAAAUAGUGGUCACGCCUAGUUGGGACUCAGAGAUGACAUCGAAGAGAUAUAGGUAUGCUACACAUGGGUUUCUUUCUCAGUAUCGUCUACUAGGGUACGGUAAUGCAAGCUCCAAUAGGCCUAAGAGGUCUACCAUGGGAGCGUCUGCGGUAGCGGCCAGGCGCAUAGCCACACGUUAUAAUAAUAAGUCAUAUGCUUCCGGAUCGGACUUUGAGAAGGUGUAUAGGACAAGAAGAGUCACUAAGAACACUGGAACACCCCUAGCGGAGACUCCAGACCUGUCUACUUCAGCGACACUGUCCAAGUCGUCACCUCGCGCCAGCCGCAAACCGAAAAGGAUACGCCCAUAUCAGGGGCAGCAGUCCUCAUCUCAACUGGCAUCUACUAGGGACCUUCAUGCUGCACCUAUCUACGUACCCAAUAUGAGUUGGGAAAUGCUCCCUGACUACUCUCCGCCCCUAUCGACCUUGCCCGCUAAUAAUAGUAACAAGUGUCUCAAGGUGGAAUGGAAAGGUUCCUCUAUGGACCUUUCUGCUGAUCCAUUGAGACACAAACUACAUCCUGCGGAAUUGGUUUUGGCGCAGACACUUAGAUUGCCCUGCGAUUUGUACCUUGACUCCAAACGCAGGUUGUUUUGUGAGAAAGUGCAUCGUUUGAAGCAAGGAAUGCCGUUCAGACGUACUGAUGCCCAAAAGGCUUGCCGCAUCGACGUGAACAAGGCUUCACGUUUAUUUGCAGCUUAUGAAAAGAUUGGUUGGUUAAAUGAUGACAAUUUUGCCAAAUACUUGUAA